AUGUAAAAUGACAGAAAUGAUUCUUUUUUUCCCAUGAUUUCAUGUUUACUUUUUUUCUUACCACAAAUACAAGUUACAUAACUUUGCAGGUAGAAAUGUUAUUUCACAUCCUUCCUAAAAAUCACGACACAUAAUAGCAGUGGUACACCUACUGUAAUCUGGAAAAAGCUGACUAGACAGUAGUGAUUUUUUUUUUCUUGGUGCUUCUCUGCACACUUUUUUAUUUUAUUUUAUUUUGAGUCCUGGGAUACAUGUGCCAAACAUGCAGGUUUGUUACAUAGGUAUACAUGGGCGAUGGUGGUUUGGAGAGUAGUGAUUUUUUGACAUGGACUUUUUAAUGCCAUGUCCAGUGUUCUUUUAUCCAUGCAUUCUGCAUUAAUAAAAUGAGUCUGAGAGUGGUUUACAGUUAUAAUGGAGGCAGUGGAGGUCUGCAGUCAAGGAGUCAGUGGGCUGUGGCAAUCACAUGAGAAAUACUUUAAACAGUAUGUAAAAUAAGGGGAGGACAUACACUACAUAGGAGGACAGUAAUGCAACUGACAAGGCUUGGCACAGCUUGAUUAGGUAGAAUCCUUGCCUAUUUUGCUGGUUUUAUUGUCCUAUAAUCUCUGCUUAUUUCCCUGAGAGAAUAAGAGAAUGAGAGAAUAUUUGAUGUUGGUAAAUGUUGGGAGAGAAUAACAGUAACUAUAAUGAGUAAGUAGUACUUGGAGUAAGUAUAAAACAGGAAACAACUUAAAAAUGGUUUCAUAUCUAUGAAGUGUUGUUAUUAGUCACAGACAAGGUAUCAUCUCAAAGACGCUCGUGUUUCUGUGUGUUUGUGUCUGCUCACAUCUGAAUGCUCACAUGGUGGAUGUAGUAAUUUAAUGAGUCCUUGGCCCUACCUUUCUGGAGGUCCCUGAAUGAGACCAUCUGUUUCUGAGAUGAGGUCUACAAUCCUGCAAAUAUGCAAACCAUGACAUUUGUGAAUUUUCUACGAAUCAAAGAGGGAAAUUAGCUCGUUAUUCAGAUGAUAAAAGCCUCUUCCUUCUCUAUUUUUCCAUUUGCACCAUCACACCCGUGGAAAUUAUGGAGAUGAGAAAUACUACCUCAGACUUUAUACUCCUAGGAUUCUUUGAUCACACCACAGCCCACCAAGUCCUCUUCAUGAUGCUUCUGGCCAUUGUUUUGACCUCCCUGUUUGGCAAUGCCCUCAUGAUUCUCCUGAUCCACCGGGACUGCCGGCUCCACACGCCCAUGUACUUCCUCCUGAGCCAGCUCUCCCUCAUGGACAUGAUGCUGGUUUCCACCACUGUGCCCAAAAUGGCGGCUGACUACCUGACCGGAAAUAAGGCCAUCUCCCCUGCCGGCUGCGGUGCGCAGAUCUUCUUCCUCCCCACGCUGGGGGGUGGAGAGUGCUUCCCCUUAGCAGCCAUGGCCUAUGACCGCUGCGCGGCUGUCUGCCACCCACUCCGAUAUCCCAUGCUCAUGAGCUGGCAGCUGUGCCUGAGGAUGACCAUGUCGUGUUGGCUCCUGGGUGCAGCUGACGGGCUCCUGCAGGCUGCUGCUUCCCUGAGCUUCCCGUAUUGCGGGGCGCACGAGCUCGAUCAUUUCUUCUGCGAGGCCCCCGUGCUGGUGCGUUUGGCUUGUGCUGACACUUCAGUCUUCGAAAACGCCAUGUACAUCUGCUGUGUGUUAAUGCUCCUGGUGCCCUUGUCCCUCAUCCUGUCCUCCUAUGGUCUCAUCCUCGCCGCUGUUCUCCACAUGCGCUCUCCAGAAGCCCGCAAGAAGGCCUUUGCCACCUGCUCUUCACAUGUGGCUGUGGUGGGACUCUUUUAUGGAGCUGCCAUUUUUACCUACAUGAGACCCAAAUCUCACAGGUCCACUAACCACGAUAAGGUUGUGUCAGCCUUCUACACUGUGUUCACCCCUUUGCUAAACCCCCUCAUCUACAGUGUGAGGAACAGUGAGGUCAAGGGAGCCCUGAAACGGUGGCUGGGGACGUGUGUAAACAUAAAACACCAGCAAAAUGAGGCCCACAGAUCAAGAUGAUCUAGUGUCAAAUGAGUCUUAAGUUCCUGAAUUUAUUAACAUUUUAACACAUUGUAAUCUCUCCCUUCAAUAAUUCAUGAAGAGAAAAUUAAGUUUAUGCAUUUAUAUAAUAAGAUAUUUUGAAGGAAGUGAGACAAUUGUAUUGAGAGAAACCAUUUUUGAGCAUUUAUGUACUUUUCUUCAAGUGAAGUAAAAUCUAUAUAUUACUUUGUAUCCUAAAACAACCCCAUGAUAUAAGUACUGUUGACAAUAUCUCCUACUUUCUAAAAAAAAAAAUUAACACAUGGAAAUAUUGUUCCCAAUUUCACACAGCAAGGAAAUAUUAAAAAGUGACCCCAGAGCUUGUAUUGUAACUUGGAAUAGUUUAUUUCUGUUCAAUAAUGUAUUUUGAGUGUUAUUUUCGAUGUGUAUGCUCUACGAUAAGUAAGUGCAGCACACCAACGUGGCGCAAGUAUACAUAUGUAACAAACCUGCAUGUUAUGUACAUGUA